AACGUGCGCCCCAGUAAUGCGGCCACAUCCGUGUACAUACUACUUAUUUUCAACAGCUCCAACGACGAAAACAAUAGAAUGUGCGAGUGAUUUUUAUUUGACAAUUUUAUGUAACAAUUCUUUAUUAUAUUUUUGUAUUCCAAUUGGUGUUUAAGUUCCUUUUUAUUAAAUUGGACUGUCAAAUUUUACUUGUGUCCUAACAAAUACCGCGUUAAUAAAACCAAGUAUGUUAACGUCGCAGAAUUAUCUGGAUUGGAUAUGCGUACUCUAAAGGUGACACUGAAACAAGAAAACUUAACGAUAUUAGCAAGACCAAUGGGUGGCAGGAGAUUGAUGGUUGACUGCCCGGUGUCCGGUUGAUGGCCGCGGAACGCGAAGCGGACACCGGAAUCGAAAACAAUGGCUGUGGCGGCCCAUGUAUUCCGCCGAUCGGCGCGGUCGUUCAAUGGACUGCUGCGGCCGCCUCUGCCACAGCUCACCCGGACAGUCAAAAAGAAAUCAGGUUCCCUGCCAAGACACCAUCACAACCGGGUCCGACGACGGCGACGUCGUCGCAAGCAAAAGAUCUUCAACGUCGGCUACACAGCCGUUCGUUGUCUUCGUUGCCCCCUGAACCUUUUAUGAUCAUGCGGUCGAAAGCCCUUAAUCGAAGAGUGUGCAUCAAUGUCGGUGGUGUGAAACACGAAAUACUGUGGCGAACACUAGAACGACUGCCGCACACUCGAUUGGGCCGACUGCGUGAUUGUAAUACACAUGAAGCUAUUGCUGAGCUUUGCGAUGACUAUUCACUGGCGGACAACGAGUAUUUCUUCGACAGACAUCCAAAAUCAUUUAGCUCGGUGCUUAAUUUCUACAGAACUGGAAAAUUACAUUUAGUAGACGAAAUGUGUGUACUUGCCUUCAGCGAUGACUUGGAGUAUUGGGGUGUGGACGAACUUUACUUGGAAUCGUGUUGUCAACACAAAUACCAUCAGCGAAAAGAGCACGUGCACGAAGAAAUGCGAAAAGAAGCCGAAUCACUGCGUCAAAGGGACGAGGAGGAAUUUGGCGAGGGGAAAUGUGCGCAAUAUCAGAAAAUGCUUUGGGAUUUGUUAGAAAAACCUACAACGAGCAUAGCUGCGAGGGUGAUAGCCGUUAUAUCAAUACUGUUCAUCAUCCUGUCGACGGUAGCUCUUACUCUGAACACAUUGCCAAAAACUCAGGUAGAGAUUGCACCAGAAGUAUUCCAAGACAAUCCAAUAUUUGCCAUGGUGGAGCUAGUGUGUAUAACGUGGUUUACGCUGGAAUAUUUACUCCGAUUCAGUGCAUCACCGAAUAAAUGGAAAUUUUUUAAAGGCGGCCUCAAUGUUAUCGAUUUGUUGGCAAUACUUCCUUAUUACGUUUCUCUAUUGCUACAGGCCGAGACAGAUAAAUCGGAUACUCAUCAAUUCGAAGACGUGCGUCGAGUAAUACAAAUAUUCCGUAUAAUGAGAAUUCUACGUAUUCUCAAGCUAGCAAGGCAUUCAACUGGUUUACAAAGUUUAGGAUUUACACUAAGAAACUCGUACAAGGAACUCGGAUUACUUAUGUUAUUUCUUGCCAUGGGAGUGCUUAUUUUCUCCAGCUUGGCUUACUUUGCCGAAAAAGAACAGAAUAACACCAAGUUUACGUCUAUACCAGAAACGUUUUGGUGGGCCGGCAUCACUAUGACCACUGUUGGUUAUGGUGACAUCUACCCAACUACAGCUUUAGGCAAGAUGAUUGGCGGCGUCUGUUGCAUCUGCGGCGUAUUGGUCAUUGCGCUACCCAUUCCCAUUAUAGUGAACAACUUUGCCGAGUUCUAUAAAAAUCAAAUGAGACGAGAAAAAGCACUCAAACGACGGGAGGCAUUGGAGCGAGCGAAGCGAGAAGGAAGCAUCGUAUCGUUCCAUCAUGUUAACCUCAGAGAUGCAUUUGCCAAGAGCAUGGAUCUAAUCGACGUAAUUGUCGACACUGAAAGUGACAUACCGAAACUAUCCAAGCAGAACUCGCUGCGAUCUCACGUAGGAAGUAAUUACUCGCAGUAUGAAGAAACUAGUAGUUGUAGUGAAACGAUGCCAUUGAAUCCACCGCCUCCAGCUAGAGGUGCGGUUCACGAUUCCAAGGUAAAACAAGAACAAACGUUAUUGGAUAUCGACAAUCCGGAGCAGAACGCUAAUUCUUUUGGAAAGCCUUUUGAAAGCGCUGCCAUGAUGGUCAAGAGUGGUUUAAACAAAAAGUUAGAUGAAAAACAUAAUGAAUUCGAAUGUUGCUCUUGUAAACAAAAGGAGGUCAAAGAAUAUUUGGAUGCAGAGCACCUUACACCAUAUCCAACAAUCGAUACCAAAACUACCUUAAGUGUAGAAAUGAGAGCGCUUAAGCCUAACAAUGAAACACCUGCCUUGCGUUUACCUCGUAAUGAAGUAGGUAGCGUAGACAGUUCAGAUACUUAUGUUAGUUGCAAGUCGCAACCGUUCCAUUCCCAAGGUGAUUUAACUGCAGAAGAUUUGCAUGAUACUGUGUUUGAGCAUCAUGUUGUGGGAUCUCAACAAGCACAGCCACAACAGCAACCACAAUGUACACAUUUGCACCAUAAACUGCAAAAGCAAGCGAGUGAACAUCCAACAAUCAACAACGACAGUUCGAACCUCUAUGUGAAUCCUCUAGAAACCACUGAUUGUAAAGAAACGCCUCGUAGCUUAGGGACAUCGCCUAUGGACGAAUCCAAAGAAUUUAGUUACCGCCGUUCAGUUUCUGGAAGUCGGGGUAGCUUAAAUGAAUCUGUAAAACGUAGAAAAACAAGAUUUUUACAACAAUCAAACAUUGGGGAUCAGCCAUUUACUAGGGCAUCUCAGGAAAGUCUAGAGAGUGUAAAAAAAAGGAGACCUUCAUUUGGCUUGUCGUCAAAAUCACUUACAAAUGCCACACGAAUAAUUAAUCAACAUUUGUUUGGUUUACCGUUAAUAUCUAGCAAAUCAGGAAAAAGUGGUAAAUCAUCACCAUCCGUGUCGGCUGAAUCAAUUAGCCAUUCACCAGAAAAGCACCAAAGAUCUAAGUCUAUUCUAAAACGGCACCAAAACUCAAUGAACCAUCCACAAUCACAGCUAGACUCGGUGCAAUCAUCCGUUGGGAUAAAAAACAACCCUACCAGUCAUAGAAUAGGUAUAAGACGUAUGACACAUGUCGACCCAGAAACUGAAAAACUAAUACCAGACAAUUUGUCUGAUUGUUCUCCGGGUAAGAGUCCUAUGCAACAGCGCUCCAACAGUGUCAUUGACACAACUGCCGUCGAAGUCGCAUUACUUCAAGAUCUUCUCCAAGAUCAAUCGUCUGGUCCCAUAUAUAUCUGUCCACCACCUCCGCCAAUGAACGAUGCCAACGAUGACAAAAGAUAUUCGUAGCCGGCCGUCUGUAAGAUUGUUUGCGAUAAACUUACAGUGAAUUUUUCUUUGAAAUAAUUGUUUGUAAUCGUUUUAAACAGUCGGUCAGACAAUAAGCUCUGAAGCCUUUUUUACUAGUAUUAUUACUAUUAUCAUUAUUAUUGUUAUUAUAUUUAUAAUACUACUAUAAGAUAAAUGGACAGCCCGAUAAUUUUGUCCGAACAAACGACUGUACUCACACGCACACAUACAUAAUGUAUGAAAGCACAGGGCUUCUAGACGACAUUUAAUUAUAUUAAGUAACAAGUAUAAUUUAAGGAAUAAUUUUUUUUUAACGCGAUUCUCAUUUUUUCAUAAGAGAACAUUUUACAAUAUAAAUCAUGAGAAAUGCUCAUUUUAUCAUCAUUAGUUUACGUAAAAAAUCAAUUAUUAGACUUUAUGAGGGGAUUAAUUGCCAUAGAUUAGAUAUAAGGAAUGCUUCACUUUUGGCUUUUAAUCAUUCUAAUGUUAUCACUGUGUCAUCACAAUCAUUUUAAUCAAAAUUUCUGACUAUCUAUUUCUUAAUAAUUUUUUCUUAUGUUUCUAUUUUGAUUUGUAUAUAUAUAUUUUUAACUGUUUGUUUGAGUUAAUAGAAACAGAUGAAAUUAAAUAAUACAAAUACUGAUUAACUAUAUCGUUUCAUAGUAGGGCAAUAUCAUCAAUGAUGAACACUACUUAGUUUUUAAAUAAAAAAAUCUCUAAUCUGAUUGUAACAAUUUGUUGUUAGUAGUUUUUAUAACAAAAAAAUAUUUAUAUCAAUUCCUACUGUCAUAUAACAAUUUUGAUAUAAUAUUAUAAACUGAUCAUUCACUGGAAAAUUCCAAUUUUUAAUAUAAAAUAAUAAAUUUAAAUUUAUUUGUUUAUUAAUUAUAAAUAAUUGUAUAAUAAUAUUAUAGAGAAUUUUCCAGACGAGAUACAUUUAUUAGCUUUAAAAUUAUGACAUCAAAAUAUAAAUUGAUAAAGAACUUUAAAAGAUGAAAAACACUUAACUGUUCAUUCACUGGUGAAGUAACUCUAAGAAAAAUUAUCAAAUUUUAGUAGACGAUUUGCCCUCUCAACAUAUUAAUAUAAUUCAUCGAUCACAUAUACUGAUGAAGGGGGACACCCUAGUCUGAAUAUAUGAGAAGUGAAACAACUAGUAGUUAGCUCAAUAAAAAUAUAUGUAGAAAGAAAAUUGUCAAUUACGGUCUAUAUAUAUCGUAUAAAAAUACUUUUAUUAUAAUAAAAUUUUAUUUUCCUGUUUGUAAGAAAAAUAGAAACAUUUAAUGCAUUUAAAAAAAUAAUAUUGUAGUUUUUUUUAUUCUAAAAGUAGUUGGAAUUAAUCUAAAUUCUAUAAUCAGUAUUUGUUUUUUACCUCUGUUUCUAUUAUACAGUCUAUAUAUACCAAUUCUAUUGGUCUAUAUUAAUUUCGACAAUUGCAUUUACAAUUAAUGAUUUUUUAUAAAACUAACAUGAUUUUUUAUCUCUUGAAAAAUUAUUAAUAAUGUUACCAGUGUUAGUUAUGAUAUUUUUUUUACAUUAAAUUAAAGACUGUGAAGCAAAUGAUGAAUUCAUAAAACAUUGACAGGAAAUUUGAACAUGCAUUUUGCACUAGCAUUUUAUAAUUAAUCAAUUUAUAAUAAUUGUAAUAUAUACGUAUUUCACACCUACUUUGGCACAAACUAUACCUACUGCUACGCAAGUUUUUUUUUAACGCGGUCUGCAUUUGUAAUAUCGAGUAUUAUUGUAGUGAAUCAAAAAAUUGUGUUUAUGAAAUUAACUUAGAAGUUAGAAUGAAAGCAAUAUAGUAUUAAAAAAUGUCUGUAUUUCAAAUGAUUAUCCAAUCAUUUUAAUCCGUGUGGCGGUUAUUUACCGAUCUACAAUCCGCCAAAUAUUACACAAGCCUGUUUGUUUUCCGACAAUUUUGUUAAGAUUUAAAUUGUGGUUAUAUUAAAUAAUAGUAGACGUCCGUUGUGAUACGAAUCAUUUACUAUUUUUUUGUUUAAUUCGCCUGUGAUUUAUCUUUUGUUAAGUUUAUAUACAUGUGUAUAUUAUUAUGUGCAACAAUAAAAAAAAUGUUAUUAAGAGCAUUAAGAAAAUACUUGUGACUUUAUUUUUUUUGUACAUUUUAAAAUAAUAAUUAUAAUUCGGAAAACGUACGCAUGGGCGAACAACGUAAGGUAAAAAUUAUCAUUAACAUAGUUUACAUAACUAAUUUACACUAAUACAUAGAAAAAUUUGCAGUCCUCACAAAUAAAUUGAAUGUAUUGAAGGGACAAAGAAGAAAUAUAGCAAUGUGG